CAUUUUGGCCGUGUCGGAGGGGAAAAUAAUAAAAAUCAUCGUGUGCAAUGCUGGCGAUGCCGACAUAGAAGAUCGACUACUGCGAGAGUUCGGAGGCUGCGAGUGCGAGGAUUUUGGCGAUCUGGUCUUGAUGCCCGGUGUCGUUGACUCGCACGUUCAUUUAGACGAGCCCGGACGCGGUGACUGGGAGGGCUUCUGGACGGGGAGCCGAGCAGCCGCGGCCGGAGGCGUCACCACUAUCGUUGACAUGCCGCUGGACUCGAUCCCGCCCACAACCACAGUGGAAAAUUUGAGAUCAAAGGCACGUGCCGCUCGGACGCAGCUUUUCGUAGACAUUGGCUUUUGGGGUGGCGUGAUACCUGGAAAUCGGGAGGACCUGAAACCACUCUCAGAGGCUGGUGUAGUUGGAUUUAAAUGUUUCCUGUGCCCCAGUGGUGUCGACGAAUUUCCGCAAGUUACCGAGACCGACAUAAGAAACGCCAUGCUGGAACUCCGACGUCUAAACUCCGUUUUAGCAUUUCACGCAGAGCUCGAUGUCGAUGAUGUUUCUAACAAAACAAACGGAGAUCCUUAUGAUUACGAGACAUUUUUAGCAACACGACCGGCAACUAUGGAAGUGAACGCGUUGAAGAUGAUAGCAAAAUUAUGUUCGGAAUACAAGUACCCUUGUCAUGUAGUGCAUUUAUCGGCUGCUGAAGGUCUAGACUUGAUAAAAAUAGCGAAAGAUGAGCAACGAUUACCAAUAACAGUGGAAACCUGUAAUCACUACCUUCAUCUGACAGCCGAAGAAAUCCCACGGAGUGCAACGCAAUUCAAAUGUAAUCCGCCGAUCAGAGACAAAACCAACAGAGAAAAACUGUGGUCCGGCCUGAAAGACGGAACCCUGGACCUAGUGGGGUCGGACCACUCGCCUUGCCCCGAAGACCUGAAGCUCAACCACGACUUCCUGCAAGCCUGGGGCGGGAUAUCCUCCCUGCAGUUCAGCCUGCCGUUGUUCUGGACCGAGGCGAGGAACCGCGGAUUCGGCUUGCCAGAUGUGGCGCGUCUCAUGUGCUCGGCCCCUGCCCAACUCUGCGGGCUCGGGGGCACGAAGGGCAGGUUGGAGCCAGGACUCGACGCCGAUUUCGUUGUCUGGGAUCCCGAGCGGACCAUCGAGAUUCAACCAUCUGGAAUUUUUCACAAGCAUAAGUUAACUCCUUAUUUGGGAGAAAAACUCUUUGGAAAAGUAUUUGCUACCAUAGUGCGAGGUAACUUUGUCUACAAAAAUGGCGAGUUUAGCGAAAAACCACUUGGAAAACUGCUGUUGCAAGAGAAUUUUCUAUCCAACUUGUAAGAUACGAGGAUGUUAAUAUGUUAUUUUGUAAUCAGUGGCCAGUACAGAGAAUA